AUGCUAGGACUGCUGCGAUCGUGGGGACACUGUGGCUCAAGCUCAGAGCUUCGAUCUUGGCUUUGCCUCUUCGUGCCAGCCAUGGCCCUGCUCCGAGCGGCCCUCGCUAUGCGGACAGCUUCCACGCUGCCGCGGAGCCUGACGCAGGCCAGCAAGGACUCCUUCCCGUUUAUUCCGGUGGACUGGGUCUUUCGCUUCUUCCCAUACUUCAGUCGCGAUAAGGUUCGCUUCAUGCUGCGGUAUGUCCAAAUCUCCUUCCUGUCCGGCCUGGGCUACUUCUACCUCUGGUGCCACACGCCGUACAAGUGCGACAACUAUGACCACUUCGCAGAGAGCCCGCUGUUCUUGUACGUCAAAGGCCGCUUGGAGAAGACGGGCCAGCUAGAGGAGAAUGUGCGCAUUAAAGUUCACCACUUCUACCCGCAGACAGAGUCCGAGUAA